AUGCGUCUCGCCCACCUGCAUAUCCCCGGAAUAACCUCAUUCACGACGGUCUCGAAAAUCCAACAAUCGCUCGCUCUCGGCCACCUCGCACACAAAAAGGCCAUUUCCCUCCCUUCCACAAAGCAAUCUGUUCUACACUCCUCAAUAUCCCCUUCCCCCGCCGCCAACUCUCCUCCUAACACCCCUCCCGAUCCGGCCAUCAUCACCUUCACGCCUAACCCAGUCUACACCACCGGCCGCCGUGAUCUGCCACCAUCAAACACCUCCUCUCCCUUCGAUCCCCAGCCCUCUGGAGAACUUUCCCUCCCACCUUCCCUCGAGCCAAUCCGCUCGUUACUAGCCGGCGAUGCGAACCAUCAGCCUGUCGCAGAAUACCAUCCGACCCUGCGCGGUGGCCAGACUACCUACCACGGCCCCGGCCAAUUAGUCGCAUACACAAUCCUCGACCUGCGGCGCCUGGGCUUGUCGCCACGCUGUCAUAUACGUUUACUCGAGAACUCGGUCAUCGAUGUCCUCGCCGAGUACGGAGUUCGGGGCUUCGUCACCGAGGAUCCGGGAGUAUGGGUUGGGAGUGAUAAUACAAAUAAUAAGGGAAAUAACAAUGAUAAUAAUAAUAAAGAUACCUCUACUGCAAAAAAGAUUACGGCCGUCGGCGUCCAUCUCCGCCGCCAUAUUAGCUCCUAUGGAAUCGGUCUGAAUGUUACGCAGGAACCGAUGUGGUUCUUCAAACAGAUCGUCGCGUGUGGACUUGAAGGCCGCGAGGCGACCAGUUUGGAAGGCCAGGGGGUGCAGCCUGCGAAAUUGCAGAUGGAUGAUGUUGCGAAUAAGUUUGUGAGCGCGUUUGUGAAUAGAUUAAGAACGGACUUUGCGGCCGAAGGUAGGGAAGGGGUGGAUGAGGUUUAUAAGAUUGGGUUGGAGGAUCUAAUUGCGUUGGAGAAGGAGAGUGGGAGCACGUAUACAGAUCAGCUGAGUAGUUGA